GAGCUUAAUGAUUGGGCUAUCCAAUACCGUGAGCAUUUGGCUCGUGCUCGAAAGGCCAACCGAGUUCAUGAUGAAGAGUUGAAGCAAGCCAGUGAAAAAGCAUUUGCUGCUUCGGCCGCAGUGGCUGCCUCAACAGUCACUGAUCCUUUAUUCUGGGAACGUGUUUGUCAACUUUGUGAUUUCUUUUGCCCUUCUGGUACAACCUGCAGUUCUGGAGACGGUGAUUCAAAAGGGAUGAAUGGCUACCCAAAUACAAUGCUUGGUUUCAUUAGAUCACCUGGAAAAGAAAGCAAAGAUCUUAAUCGAAUGCGCUCUCUCUUGCUUCAGCUUAAGCAAACACCAAUUAAUGCUAAGCGCUGA